AUGGAUGGAGAAGGGGGAUCCUCCGGGCUGGCUAAAUCGGCCGCCGUAAAACUGUCCGAGAUGGGAGAGAGAACCAAACAGUUAGGCACCGCGAUGAGGGAUCCUCACCAGCAAAGACGGAUCAUAUUAGUGAUCGUUUGCGUCGCUCUCCUGCUGGACAAUAUGCUCUACAUGGUAAUCGUGCCAAUUAUUCCAGACUAUCUUGCUGAUCUGGAGAGUGAGCAGUCAGAGCACGUCCACUUAGUGAUGCACCCCAACACUUCAGCCAACAGCACAAGCCAAGACAAAAGCAACAAGAACAAUUUAGAUAUCCAAAUAGGAGUACUUUUUGCAUCUAAAGCCAUCCUGCAGCUGUUAGUUAACCCGCUCUCGGGAACUUUCAUAGACCGGGUUGGAUAUGACAUUCCACUUUUAAUUGGACUGACUGUUAUGUUCCUAUCCACCUGCAUAUUCGCUUUUGGGGAGAACUACACGACGCUCUUUGUGGCCAGAAGUUUGCAGGGUCUGGGGUCUGCUUUCGCGGACACCUCUGGGAUCGCGAUGAUAGCUGACAAAUAUACGGUGGAGGCAGAGAGAAGCAAGGCGCUGGGUAUCGCUCUGGCGUUUAUCUCUUUCGGGAGUCUGGUGGCGCCUCCCUUCGGGGGGGUCCUGUACGAGUUCGCGGGCAAGAGAGUGCCCUUCAUCGUGCUCGCCUGCAUUUGCCUGGCGGACGGCUUCCUGGUGCUGGCCGUGAUCAAGCCGUUCUCCAACAGGACUAGAGAGAACAUGCCAGUCGGUACCCCCAUAUACAGACUCAUGAUUGACCCGUAUAUAGCUGUGGUGGCCGGGGCGCUGACAGUGUGCAACAUCCCACUGGCUUUUCUAGAGCCCACCAUAGCCAACUGGAUGGAGACCACCAUGCACUCCACUCAGUGGGAAAUGGGACUCACCUGGCUCCCAGCCUUCUUCCCUCACGUCCUCGGUGUGUACAUUACAGUUAAAUUGGCAGCACAGCAUCCAAAUCUGCAGUGGUUCUACGGAGCUUUAGGUAUGGUUAUCAUAGGAGCGAGCUCCUGCACAGUACCCGCAUGCAAAACUUUUGGACAGCUCAUCGCCCCGUUGUGCGGCAUUUGUUUCGGUAUUGCACUUGUAGACACUGCACUGCUGCCGACACUUGCGUUUUUAGUUGACGUGCGUCAUGUCUCAGUGUAUGGUAGUGUUUAUGCUAUAGCAGAUAUUUCCUAUUCUGUUGCAUAUGCUAUGGGUCCCAUAGUAGCCGGGCAGAUAGUGCACAGUCUCGGGUUUGUACAACUGAAUCUGGGUAUGGGUCUCGUCAAUGUGCUUUACGCACCAGCCCUGCUGCUGCUGCGAAACGUGUGCCAAAUGAAGCCGUCCUACUCGGAGAGAGAUAACCUGUUAGACGAGGGUCCGCAGGGGCUCUACGAUACGAUCAAGAUGGAGGAGAGGAGAGCUAAAAAGAAGGGCUACAGUUCGGCAGGGAACUGCCUUCCAGUAGAUGAAAAUGGGUUUGACCCAUUCGGAGCACAGCGGUCCUUAUCAGAAGAGUCGUCCGGUCCAGAGUACACUUAGACCGGUCACACUCUGACCGCCCCCCACCACCGCCCCUGAAACAUUCCCCUGAAAAGAUUUGAGGCAGGCAGACUAUAAUCUAGUGAUUUAA